CUCGUAUACAAGUUUGAAAGUUUAGUUUGGCGCGACCGUAUGUACCAGAAGUGACGUUUUUCACGUUCGACAAAAUCAUGCUGAAUUUUAAAGCGAAAUCGGCGCUGGAUGACGAUUAUAACUCGAACACGAUUAAAAAUAUUGUAAUUUCGUCCGAUAAAUAUAGUUUGUUAAAUAAUACGACUAAAAAAGCUUUGCUUAAAUCCGACUGUAAUAAAGAUGCUUAUUGCGUUAAUCGUAAAUUGGAGAGUAAUAAGACUAUUACUAAAUUCGCCGUGAAGAAGAAAUCGCCGACUGAUAACUGUUGUUUUUCUAUGACUAGAAGAAGGUGCAGAUCUGUGUCACCGCCGCCGCCGCCGAUAUUUACCGAGAUUUCUACUAUCAGCAAUAAUUUCGCACCGAGUGCCAAAAUACAAACUUUACGGCUCGAAAGUUCGAUUAAGUGUAAAAAGUUACUAAGAUGUAAUGGAUAUCCUAAUAAGGUUAUUUUAUACCCCGAAGAAAGCUGGGCACGUUCGGCUGCUUCAUCUUACUGGACCUUAUCGCCAACAUGGUGGAAUUGUAGUCGUUGCAAAGUGGUCGAAGUAACAGGCACAAAAAGGUUUACAGCUCAAGCUAAAAUGAUAGAAACCGAUUCGGGGAAUUUAUAUAUCGUCGGAUCUUUCAAAAAAUGCGCCGAGCCUGAUUUUAAGCUGGUCCUGACGGCGAACAUAACCAUAGCCGAUUUCAAUAUGGGAUACUGUAUGACUGGUUCAUUAGAACGAGGUUCGCAUAAACUCAACACCUAUCAAACUACACAUUUUGCUGUCAUCAGAAGAGCAGAAUUUAAUCAAUGAAACCGUCGAGUCGAGUUGUACAAUUUGUCGUGUACCUAUUCAAUAAUGUUGUAAGAUUCAUGCAUAUAUUUAGGUUUUUUUUUGUAUCCUAUUGUCUUAUUGCAUUGUGAAGAUACAUACGAAUGCGAAAAUCUUACUGCCAGUUUAAAUUAAAAACAAAUAUGUUUCCAUAAAUAAUAAUAAUGAAAAACAACGGGCUUUAAUACCGUAUGAAGUGUUCUAAAAACCAUCGCUGGUUUUUGCAAUCAACGUCCAUGAUUUUUUUCUAACUAAGUUUUUCAUUUACUUACUGAUUCGAUUUUUUUUACGAUAGAGAAAUCUCAUUAUACUUUUUUUUGUAAUACAAUUUUCAUAAUAAAUGUUUCGUAUCCUUACUUAGGUAUAUAUUUCGUUGUAAAAUAAAUAAAGGUAUGUAGAGAUACCUACCCAUUUAAUGUUGAAAACUUGAAAAAUGGGAAUUUAAUGUUUUUGGUUGGAUUUUCUGAUGAAUUAUUCGUUCUACGUAGUUGAUAAGAUGACGUGUUAGUGCAAUUAUUUAUGUUAUUAUUUUAAAUUAAUAAAUUAUUUAUAAUUUCGUAAAGUUAAAUGGUUGUGAAUGUAUAUUUGUGAUUUUUGUUUUCGAAAUGCUUUUGUAAUAAAUUUAUGUUCAUGGCUUGACAA